CCCCGAGCAGCGGGGACCUUUGGAGCCUUCCGUGGACGCUCCGCCCCGGAAACACGCCCCCUCCGCCUUGGCGCGCUUUUGGAAGGCUGGCCCUUGCUCGCGCAGCUCCGUUCUCUUUCAUUAGCCUUGCGGCAACCCUCCUGCCCCCCACCCCGGGCGCGGCGGGUCCCGCGGGCGCAGCGAUGAAGCGGACCCGCGAGGAGGUGGACGCGACGCUCCAGAUCGCCAAGCUGAACGCGGCCGAGCUGCAGCCUGCGGCGCACUGCCUGGCCUUCGGGCCCGGGGCCUGCGCGGCUGCCGGCGACUUCUGCCUGCUGGAGCUGGAGCCGGCCCUGUGCCAGCAGCUGGAGGCCGGGCACAGUCUUGUGAUUCGGGGUGACAAAGAUGAGCGGGCUGUCCUGUGCAGUAAAGACAAAACGUAUGACUUGAAAAUAGCGGACACUUCCAAUAUGUUGCUUUUUAUUCCUGACUGUAAAACUCCGGACCAGCUCCAGGAGGAAACGCAUUGUAACAUUAUUCACGCUGAGAUCUUUGGUUUUUCUAAUAAUUAUUGGGAAUUAAGAAGAUGCAGACCUAAAUUAAAGAAGCUAAAGAAACUUUUGAUGGAAAAUACUUACGAAGGACCCGACAGUCAAAAAGAAAAGGAUUCAAAUCAUUCAAAAUAUACAACGGAAGAUUUGCUUGAUCAAAUUCAGGCAAGCGAGGAAGAAAUAAUGGCCCAAUUGCAAGUUCUAAAUGCCUGUGAGAUUGAAGGUUAUUGGAGGCUUCUUGAAUUUGAUUAUGAGAUGAAACUUCUGAAUCAUGUAACUCAGCUUGUGGAUUCUGAAUCUUGGUCUUUUGAUAAAGUUCCUUUGAAUAUUUGUCUUCAGGAGCUUGGACCCUUGGAGCCAGAGGCAAUGAUUGAACACUGUCUUAAGUGUUACGGAAAGAAAUAUGUAGAGGAAGGUGAAGUUUAUUUUGCAUUGAGUGCUGAUAAAAUUUGCAGAGCAACAGCACAGAUGCUCCUUCAGAAUGCAGUGAAAUUUAACCUGGCUGAGUUUCAAGAGGUGUGGCAACAGAGCGUUCCAGAAGGAAUGACAACGCGGCUCGAUCAGCUUAAGGGUUUAGCCUUGGUGGAUCGACACUCGAGACCAGAAAUCAUAUUUUUGCUAAAAGUCGAUGAUUUGCCUGAGGAUAAUCAAGAACGUUUUAACAGUCUCUUCUCUCUAAGGGAAAAGUGGACAGAAGAAGACAUUGCUCCGUAUAUUCAAGAUUUGUGUGGAGAGAAGCAAACCAUAGGUGCAUUGCUCACUAAAUAUUCUCGCUCGUCAAUACAAAAUGGUGUUAAAGUUUACAAUUCAAGAAGACCCAUUUCUUAAAAGAAGAACAGUCUGUUCUUUGGGACUGAAGUUGCUUCAUAAAGUUGAUGGUUAUAAGAAAAAGAUUAUUGCAUAUACUUGCAAAUACAGAUUUUAAAAACAUACUUUGAAACGUUUUUCUCCUAAUCCUAAGUGUUUUGAAACUACAGCUCUUUUUCCCUUAAAUGAAAUAGGACAUUUAUCUUUCAAGUUACUUUUUUAUUAUGCAUACAAACUAAAUUAAAUAAGGACAAAAGUUUUGUUUUCUAUAUUUAAUAUAUUUCGAGUCUAUAUGGUUUUAUUUAUAGAAA